CCCAUGCCCGCCGGCCGCCCGAGCCCCGCCGCCCAAUCCGCGCGGCGGCCGCCGCCGCUGCUUCCCCUGCUUCUGCUCUGCGUCCUCGGGGCGCCGAGAGCCGGAUCGGGAGCUCACACCGCUGUGAUCAGCCCCCAGGACCCCACACUCCUCAUCGGCUCCUCCCUUCAGGCCACGUGCUCAGUGCAUGGGGACACGCCGGGGGCCACAGCCGAGAGUCUCUAUUGGACACUCAACGGGCGCCGCCUGCCCCCCGAACUCUCCCGGGUGCUCAACGCCUCCACCCUGGCCCUGGCCCUGGCCAACCUCAACGGGUCCAAACAGCAGUCGGGUGACAAUCUGGUGUGCCAUGCGCGUGACGGCAGCAUCCUGGCCGGCUCUUGCCUCUACGUGGGCCUGCCCCCCGAGAAGCCUUUUAACAUCAGCUGCUGGUCCAAAAACAUGAAGGAGCUGACGUGCCGCUGGACACCUGGGGCGGGGGGAGAGAGUUUCCUGCGCACCAACUACUCCCUCAAGUACAAGCUGAGGUGGUAUGGACAGGACAACACGUGUGAGGAAUACCACACCGUGGGCCCCCACUCCUGCCGCGUGCCCAAGGACCUCGCCCUGUUCACGCCUUAUGAGAUCUGGGUGGAGGCUGCCAACCGCCUGGGCUCGGCCCGCUCGGAUGUGCUCACACUGGACAUCCUGGACGUGGUGACCACCGACCCUCCACCCGAGGUACACGUGAGCCGCGUGGGGGGCCUGGAGGACCAGCUCAGCGUUCGCUGGGUGUCACCACCUGCCCUCAAGGAUUUCCUCUUCCAAGCCAAGUACCAGAUCCGCUACCGUGUGGAGGACAGUGUGGACUGGAAGGUGGUGGAUGAUGUGAGCAACCAGACCUCGUGUCGCCUGGCCGGCCUGAAGCCGGGCACCGUCUACUUCGUGCAGGUGCGCUGUAACCCCUUCGGAAUCUACGGCUCCAAGAAGGCUGGCAUCUGGAGCGAGUGGAGUCACCCCACAGCAGCGUCCACCCCCCGCAGUGAACGGCCGGGCCCGGGCGGCGGGGCCUGCGAGCCGCGGGGCGCCGAGCCGAGCUCGGGGCCGGUGCGGCGCGAGCUCAAGCAGUUCGUGGGCUGGCUCAAGAAGCACGCGUACUGCUCGAACCUCAGCUUCCGUCUCUACGACCAGUGGCGGGCCUGGAUGCAGAAGUCGCAUAAGACCCGCAACCAGGACGAGGGGAUCCUGCCCUCGAGCAGACGGGGCGCGGCGAGAGGUUCUGCCUGAUAAACUCUAGGGACCUGGACGGCCCUGAAUCCUGCUGCAAGGCCCGCCGGCCGCCUCCAGAUCUACACCCCACACCUGGCGGAGCUGUGGCCUCUGUGUGCACCUGGGGUGCUGUGGGGAGAGCAGAGCUACCCAGAACCCCUGUCAGGGCUGGGGGUGGGCACGAGUGCUGGGAUCUACCCCCUAUGCCAAGCCCCUCCAAAAGUCUUACUAUUUUUUUUUUUAAAUAAAAAGCUUUUAGGUGCCCUGCUUCUACAGGUGAGUUUGAAA